GCAAAAAGGUUGCCUUUCUGGGUCGUACACGCUAUCUGGAGCUUUGCUGCACUUUUAUGCGAAACGACAGCGGAUUCAGAAGACCUGCCGAGGGGUCGCCACAAAGGAAUAAACCGCCAACUACUCCAGCAUAUGUUUUACACAGUGGAUGCCAUUCCAGCUGCAACCCAGUGGUUUUCCACGUAUUCCUCUCCAGAAGUUCCUGUUCGUAGAUGGUAACUGGGAGCUCAAGAUAAGAGAGUGAUCAUGGCCGUGUGGAUUCAGGCCCAGCAGCUGCAGGGAGAUGCUCUACACCAGAUGCAGUCUCUCUAUGGCCAACACUUCCCCAUAGAGGUGCGACACUACCUGUCCCAGUGGAUAGAGGGACAACUCUGGGACGCAAUAGAUUUAGAGAACCCUCAAGAGGAGCUUAAAGCCAAGCGCUUGUUGGACAGCCUGAUUCAGGAACUACAGAAGAAAGCAGAGCAUCAAGUCGGAGAGGAUGGAUUCUUACUCAAGAUUAAAUUAGGACAUUACGCUUCACAGCUAAAGAGCACGUAUGACCGCUGUCCGCUGGAGCUGGUGAGAUGCAUCAAACACAUCCUUUACACGGAGCAGAGACUCGUCAGAGAGGCCACUAAUUCGAGUUCACCGGUGGGCGGGUUAAUGGACAGCAUGUCACAGAAAUACCACCAGAUAAACCAGGCCUUCGAGGAGCUGCGAAUACUGACUCAGGACACAGAGAACGACCUCAGAAAACUACAGCACACACAGGAGUACUUCAUUAUACAAUACCAGGAGAGCCUCAGAAUACAGGCUCAGUUAUCGAGUCUGGCGACACUGCCUCCAGCAGACCGACAGCUACGAGAGCCUAGCCUGCUCAGCAAGAGAGCCACAGUUGAGGCCUGGCUGACCCGAGAAGCUAACACCCUGCAGAAAUACAGACUGAGCUUGGCAGAGAAACACCAGAAGACACUGGCGUUGCUCCGCAAACAGCAGACGGUGAUUCUUGACGAUGAGCUGAUUCAGUGGAAGAGACGUCAGCAGCUGGCUGGAAACGGCGGCCCGCCUGAGGGAGGACUGGACAUACUACAGUCAUGGUGUGAGAAGCUGGCAGAAACCAUUUGGCAGAACCGUCAGCAGAUCCGGCGAGCUGAGCAUCUGAGGCAGCAGCUGCCCAUUCCAGGUCCCAUUGAAGAGCUGCUGACCGACCUCAACAGCACCAUCACAGACAUCAUCUCCACUUUAGUCACCAGUACUUUCAUCAUCGAAAAGCAGCCGCCUCAGGUGCUGAAAACACAAACGAAAUUUGCAGCGACGGUGCGUCUGCUGGUGGGCGGCAAACUCAACGUUCACAUGAACCCACCGCAGGUUAAAGCCACCAUCAUCAGCGAACAACAAGCCAAGGCCCUUCUCAAGAACGAAAACACCAGAAACGACAGCAGUGGCGAGAUCUUGAAUAAUAACUGUGUGAUGGAGUACCAUCAGACCACAGGCACUCUCAGUGCUCACUUUAGGAACAUGUCUUUGAAGAGGAUCAGGCGUUCAGACAGACGGGGGGCAGAAUCUGUUACAGAAGAGAAAUUCACCAUUUUGUUCGAAUCACAGUUCAGCGUUGGUGGAAAUGAGCUGGGGUUUCAGGUGAAGACUCUUUCUCUUCCUGUGGUGGUAAUUGUUCAUGGAAGUCAAGAUAACAAUGCCACGGCCACCGUUCUAUGGGACAAUGCCUUUGCUGAACCGGGACGGGUGCCUUUCAUUGUGCCUGACAAGGUGUUGUGGGCGCAGCUGUGUGAAGCUCUAAAUAUGAAGUACAAGGCAGAGGUGCAGUCAAACCGAGGUCUGUGUGAGGAGAAUCUCGUCUUUCUCGCCCAGAAAGCCUUCAGCAGCUCCAGUGUGAAUCCAGACGACUAUCGCAAUAUGACAAUGACCUGGUCACAGUUUAACAGGGAGAGUUUACCAGGCAGGAACUUCACGUUUUGGCAGUGGUUUGAUGGUGUUAUGGAGCUUACUAAAAAACACCUGAAGCCUCACUGGAAUGACGGGGCAAUUCUUGGCUUUGUGAAUAAACAGCAAGCUCAGGAUAUGCUGAUGUCCAAACCCAACGGGACCUUCCUGUUGCGAUUCAGCGACUCAGAAAUCGGCGGCAUCACUAUAGCCUGGGUGGCGGAGAACCCUAACAAAGCAGGGGAAAGGAUGGUGUGGAACCUCAUGCCAUACACAACCAAAGACUUUUCUAUCCGCUCCCUGGCAGAUCGUAUCAGUGACCUGAAUCAUCUCUUGUUCCUCUACCCGGACCGACCCAAAGAUGAGGUCUUCUCCAAAUACUACACCCCACCUCUGUCUAAAGCCGUGGACGGAUACGUCAAACCGCAAAUCAAACAAGUAGUGCCAGAGUUUGCGACUCCAAACCCCGACCCUGCAGCAAACCCCACCUACAUGGACCAUGUAGCAUCAUCUCCAGCUGUCAGUGCCCCACACCCUUACGGACUCUAUCCUCCAAUGGCUGACCCUAUGCUGGACGCUGAUGGCGAUUUCGAUCUAGACGACACCAUGGAUGUAGCGAGGCAUGUAGAAGAGCUGCUCCGUCGACCGAUGGAGGGCCAGUGGAGCGGCCAGCAGUCGUGACCUCUCCACCUUCCUCCUCUGUGACUUCUCUCUCUAAAUAAUGUUUUUUAAAUCACAUUUUCUCCUCCGCCUUGGUGUAUUUUCCCCCAUUUGUUUCUCGGUGUGGGUCUUUAUGGCUUUCGGUUCUAUUACUUUAUCCCCACCCCUCGUUUCUAUAAAAGAGACAGGAGAUAACGCCAGAAAAAAAAAAA